AGGAGGAGGGUCUGGCUGUCAAACACAGAUGAAAACACAACUGCGGGCGUCGGGAGGACACCGGCGUUAGAUAACCGCGUUUGACCAAUGGAGGCGCAGCGACGAGCGGGGUCCGGAGGAGCCGCGUCCACCUGAUUCCCUCCAACUCCACGGAGCUGCCCCGGGAGGCGACGUCUGCGGCGGAGCGGCGGCGCGGCGGCGGAGCGGCGGAGCGGCAGAGCGGCGCGGACGCACGGCGCGCCCGCAAACUUCAGAGCGGAUCCGGGAAACUGGCACGGCCGCGGCGCCGCUCGUCGGGCCGGCGGCUGCGCAGCGACAAGUUGGCGUCCGCCUCGGCGACCAGGGCAGAAACGCGGACGCUCCAGAUGGAGCCGUAACUGGAGAGGCGCGUCUUCGCUGUGGCAGCGGGGAAAAUGCACAGGACGAACGGGAGCGGCUUCACACCUGCGCCCUUUAAGUCGACUGGCCUCCGAGGACCCCCCUCAUAGCCUCCUGCCAGCACUCCCUCCGUCCCACCAGACCCCUCGCAGGCAGCCAUGCCUCUCAUCAGCAACGCCAACCACGACUUCAGCACCUACUCCAUCAGCAGCGACGACAGCAGCCUCGAUCGCUUCUUCACCGAGAUCCCGGAGACCGACACCGUCAAGGGCGUGUACUUCCAGCGCGCCCGGCGGCUCCGCGACCCCAAGGCGUCGUACGUGGUGGACCACACCCUGCAGGCGCUGGUCAACGUCGGGGGGAACCGCUACGCCUUCCCGUGGAGCACCCUGGAGCGCUUCCCCCAGAGCCGCCUGGGGCGCCUGCGCUUCUGCACGACGCCCGAGGAGAUCGCGCGGCUCUGCGACGACUACGACGAGGCGCGCGGGGAGUUCUUCUUCGACCGCAACCCCACGGCCUUCGGCGUCGUCCUCAACUUCCUGGCCGCCGGGAAGCUCCGCCUGCUGCGCGAGCUGUGCGCCGUGUCGCUGCACGACGAGCUGGACUACUGGGGCGUGGACCCGGGCCACAUGGAGCGCUGCUGCCGGCGCAAGAUGAUCACGCGCGUGGACGAGGUGUCCGAGCGCGAGCGCAAGGAGGAGGAGUGGCGGCAGAAGAGGGUGACGCUGAAGAAGGGCGCCGCGGAGGCGCGCGGGGGCUCCAGCAGGCUGAUCUGGGUGCUGCGGGAGGUGGUGGAGAACCCCCACUCAGGGCUGGCGGGCAAGACGUUCGCCUGCCUGUCCGUCGUCAUGGUGCUGGUCACGGUGGUCAGCCUGUGCAUCAGCACCAUGCCGGAGCUCCGCAGCGAGGAGAGCACGAGCGAGUGCUCCCACAGGUGCCACAGCAUGUUCGUGGUGGAGUCCAUCUGCGUCGCCUGGUUCACGCUGGAGUUCGUGCUGCGUUUCGUCAACGCGCAGAGCAAGCUGGCCUUCGCCCGCGGGCCCCUCAACAUCAUCGACGCCAUCGCCAUCCUGCCGUACUACGUGUCGCUGGUGGUGGACGUCCGGGACCGGUCCCAGGAGGAGGUGAUCAUGGGCGCGGGCCGGGGCUACCUGGACAAGCUGAGCCUGAUCCUGCGCCUGCUGCGCGCCCUGCGCAUCCUCUACGUGAUGCGGCUGGCGCGCCACUCGCUGGGGCUGCAGACGCUGGGGCUCACCAUGCAGCGCAGCCUGCGCGAGUUCGGCCUGCUGCUGCUCUUCGUCUGCGUGGCCGUGACGCUCUUCUCGCCGCUGGUCCACCUGGCGGAGAGCGAGCUGGCGCCGCUCGCCGCCGCGCAGCCGCACCACCGCUUCAGCAGCAUCCCGGCCUCCUACUGGUGGGCCAUCAUCUCCAUGACGACGGUGGGCUACGGCGACAUGGUGCCGCGCAGCAUCCCCGGGCAGGUGGUCGCCAUGACCAGCAUCCUGAGCGGCAUCCUCAUCAUGGCGUUCCCCGCCACCUCCAUCUUCCACACCUUCUCGCGCUCCUACCAGGAGCUCAAGCAGGAGUAUGAGCGCGUGUGGAAGGAGGAGCGAGACGAGGAAAUCGCUGCCGAGUCGGAGGAGACUCGGUCCAAGGCUCAGUUGUCAACGACAGGCUGAUCACGAUACUGGACCACAGCAGGAACAUGUACUAUAAAUAAUAGCAUAACUGCGUAGAAUAUCUGAGAUAUUAAAGGGACUUCCUGUGCCGUGGACACAACCUGAUACUUCUGGUUUCUGUCUGUCACAUUUCUGGAUUCAUUCUUGAAUACAUUGAAUACUCAAAGACUCCUGCUCCUCA